AUGCAACCACAAGACGACAUGAUGGAGGACAUCUUCCAGUCCAUGCAGAACGACCGGCUCAUCAAAAUCUGCAUCGGAUCAGAGCCCAACAUCACGACCGUAUUCAUCGCCCAAAGCAUUCUAUGCCGUACAUCUCGCUUCUUCAUAGGUGCCCUCACUCGUGGAUUUGCGGAGGACCUAGCCGGAGAGUUGCAUCUUCCUGAGGACGACUUGGAGGCGUGGAAGAUUCUCACGGUCUGGAUGCUCAAAGCCGAGCUUCCAAUAAUCAACUGGAGCAAUCUCGAGAACGCUGUGUCAGCCUGGAGCAUCGCCGACAAGUAUCAGAUCAGCCAGAUGCAGGACGAUAUCAUGUUCGAGCUCAUCGAGAACGUCGACUUCGCCACAGACGUCGCAGACUUCGAGAAGUGGUUCGCAGCUACUCGACAGGACAGCAUUCCUCGCAAGAUGGCUGCAGAAGACCUUGUCUACAAGCUGAAGCAUGGCAAGGCCUACUAUCCCAAGUGGACCGACAUUGGGGUGUUCCAGAGCAAUCCGAGCUACGCUGCUCACCUUCUUGCCGCCAUGGUCGCUUUCGAGGUCGAGCCAGCACUUGCAAAGAAACGCAUCUUCAGAGGCAACGUGGAUGGAGACGGUAACCCACUGUGGCUGCGGUACAUGACGCCUGGAAGCAAAGGUCCUAAGAAGGUCGAGGAAUGGCGUUGGGUUGUGGACAAGGACAGCGGCGAUUGGCGGUGGCUAUUCAGAGACGUCAUCGAUGAGGAUGACUUCUGGCCAUGGUGCUGGAGCUCGCUUGCCUUGGUGACAAGCAUUCGGGAGCAAGUUGGCGUGAAGAUGUAG